AUGACGUUUCAGUUUAGAUUUAGGCACCCUAUAGAGGAGUUUGUUAAAAACGAUGAUGCUAGGGAUGCGAGAACACAAUGUAAAGUCUACGGAGCAAACCGGUACUACUUCCUGUUCUUAACGACGUUCUCGCUAUUCCUGUUUGGAAGAUUCAUGUGGGCGUUCCCGUCAUUCUUUGACAUGUUCGUGAAGAGCGGAGCAUAUUUAUGGCUAUGUACAGAUGAGGAAAUAGCCAAAGCAUCAGUAGAACAAGUUGUAAGAGCAGCAUGUGAACAACAAACGAUGGGAAUCAAUAACAUCUUUUCAUAUUUAAUGGCUUCAACAUUCUUUGGAUCGAUAGUUGCAGGUUCAUGUAACAUAGUAAUUGGAGCGAAACUGACGGCAAUGAUAGGAACAGCAUGUAUGUUCAUAGGAAUGCUGCUGAUCAGUUUCUCAAGUGAAGCCUUCAGAUUAUAUGUACCAGGAUCCAUCUUUGUGGGCUUUGGAAUUGAUUUCUUAGUAUUGCCAUGCUUCAACGCAACAGUACUGUACCCAGGCCGUGAGCUGUUAAUCACAUCACUGUUGGGAGCAUCGAUUUCAGUAGGUAUGUUCGUCCCGAUUUUGAUGAAGCACGUCAUGUUCAAAACAAAUAUAUCACUAUCAGUAAAUAUGUUGCCACUGCCGAUAUUGUGCGUAGGCGUCUUCAUCAUAGCAUGUGUAUUUUUCCCACCUAAAAGGUUUUAUAAGCAGAGUGAACUGGACGAAGCAUUAAACGCAAUAAAUGUGGAAACAAAUAAUGGUGAAAAUAAAAAGACAGAAAAAAGAAAAAAAUCCAAAAAAGAGUUCAUUUUGUCAUUGUUCGAUAUUGAACUUGAUAAGGUUGGAGUUUUGAAGAAAUCCAUUUUCUCAGUACACUUCCUCAUGCUCAACAUCAUCUUCAUGAUCGUAAUGAUCACAGCCUCAUUUUACAUGACAAUCUCAAACAGAAUGAUGACAGAGCAAGAAAGAAAUUAUCUGGCAAUAGGAAUGGGAGCAUCAGUUACAGUGUGUCUCGGUUUGGCAUACUUCCUGGAUAAAAUGGGAUCAAUGUACAUAAUGUGGUUCGAAACAAUCUUCCUCCUGAUGUCCUAUAUCACGAUAGCAUUCGGCCAUAAGUGUACAACGAUCAUUUCAAUCAUCCUCUAUUCAAUCUUCACAUCACAUUUAAACGGACAAGUCUGGCUCUUUGUUGUCGAAACAUUCGACUCGUCAAUAAGCACAUUGCUUAUGGGACUACUGAACUUGAUAGCAGGAAUAGUCAUGAUCAGUUCUCCAAAGAUUUACGACAAGUUGCUCACAAAUGGCUGUAAAAUGGAGAACAUCAUAGUGUUCAUGAUAGGUUUGGUGGGAGUAAAGACGGCAGUUCUCGUGUUUUUGCACGGCUGGAAGUUAAAGGUGAAUAAAAUCGAAUAA